AUGGAAACAGACUUAACCGAGAGGCUAAUUGCCAUGGGCAAAACGUUAGGCCUAGAGGGCAGGGAGCUCCAGGAUUGGGUAAAAGUAGAGCGCGACAGAGCGCGUGAAGACCGAGUUGCCGAACGCGAAAGAAAGAAGGAAGAGGCGGAAGCCACCGAAAGAUUAAAACGACUAGAACUCGAGGCUGCGAAAGAAGAGCAUGAGAGAAAGAUGUUACAGCUAGAAAAAGAAAAAGAGCUACUGUUAUUGAAGGCCGCAAAUGGUCAAGGCCAGGGAAUGGAAAGCAGAGCACCCGUCGAUUCCCUCAGAUUCCAAGGCGUAAGUCCCCACAAAUUGUUGCCGCCGUUUGAUGAACGAAAGGACGACUUAGAUGCCUACCUAAUACGGUUUGAGAAAGUAGCUGAAGGCCAAAAAUGGGCGAAGGACCAAUGGGCGAGCGCCCUGAGCAUAUGCCUAACCGGCGAGGCGCUGGCAGUGUACAGCCGUAUGGCACCGACCGACUGCGUCGAUUAUAACAAAGUAAAGCAAGCACUACUGCACCGCUUCCGGUUAACAGAAGACGGAUUUCGCGAAAAGUUCCGCGAUUCCGCGCCGAAGGAGGGCGAAACAGUGUCACAAUACGUGGCCCGCUUAGAUAACUAUUGGGAGAGGUGGAUCGAGCUGUCCAAUACCAAGAAAGAAUACGAGAAUGUGAAAGACUUACUUCUCAAGGAACAAUUGUUUACGCAUAGCGACGAGAAGCUGACCCUCUACAUGCGGGAACGGAAAGGGGAAAAUCUACAAGAACUCGUAGCACGAGCUGAACAAUAUGUGGAAGCUCAUCACCUCAAAAAUUUCGGAAGAAAAAUGAGGACAGGUAAAGACGAUGGCCGAAGUCAAGCCGACCGAAGGAGCGAGCACUCUAAGAAGCCCGCAGAACAUAACGAGAAAGACCGCCCGCGGUGUUACAUUUGUAAUCGAGUUGGGCAUCGUCCUCAAGAUUGCAGAAGCUCAGCAGCGAAACCCCCACCUCCGAAAUGCAGAAGAUGCGGUAGGAUAGGCCACACGUCCUGGAACUGCAGAGCGGGAACUGACGAACGGCAGAAGGGGCCCGACAAGGAAUCGGCGAAAGAAUCAGUAGCCUUAUGUUUGGAUGAGGGAUUCGUGGAACUGAAGAGCGGAAUGAAGAUCCCCGUGAUUCAAGCGGCAGUGACAGGUCCCCAGGAAUCGUAUCGUAUCAACAAGCUGCCAGUAACAGAAGGCCGACUGGGCGACAAAGCCAUUACAGUUCUGAGAGACACCGGUUGUAACACCGUAAUCGUGCGGAGAAAUUUGAUAGGCGAAGACGAGCUAACCGGCGUCGUGCAUCCCGUCUUUUUGAUUGACCACACUGUAAGGAUGCUACCGGAAGCGGAAAUUUUCGUUACCACGCCGUAUUUCACUGGACGGGUAAAGGCCAGGUGCAUGGAAAAUCCCAUAUACGACCUAGUCCUUGGGAACGUAGAGGGCGUACGAAACGCUGAAGACCCCGAUCCAGACUGGGACUGCAUCCAACGAACGCACGUAUCACAGCUGGCCAAGCAUCACCAGGGUGUUCAUCUGACAGAGAAAUAUACCCCAAAUGAAGAGGAUGACAAGAAGGUCGAGGAGCCGAGUACACGCAAUGAGGGAUAUGACUUUGAAGCGCAUGCUGUCAGUACAAGGCAACAAGCUAAAGAAAAGGAAAAGCGUUUUCACAAGUUAAAAGCCUCCGAGCUGGCGGUAGAUCUUAACACUGACGACUUUGGCCGCGACCAGAAAGAAGACAGUACACUGAAGAAGUGUUUCGAUGAAGUAGGCGUAAUCAAAAAGGGACGAAGAAAAGGAAGCGGCAGCACGACCUAUAUCCUGAUUGCUGAUAAACUGUACCGAAGUUGCCAAAGGGAUCAGAGCACCGAAGAAGCGUUACAGUUGGUCGUGCCGAAAAAGUACCGCAACUCAGUGUUGGAGUUGGCCCACAACGGAAUGAUGGCGGGACAUUUGGGAAGUGGGAAAACAGCAGAUCGUGUAUUGGCCGAAUUCUACUGGCCCGGACUGCAAGCAGACGCCAAGCGCUUCGUGGCUAGCUGCGACAUAUGCCAGAGGACCACCCCAAGGGGCAAGACGGCUAAGGCACCACUGCAGAAGAUGCCCGUAAUCGAUACGCCUUUCAAACGCGUCGCCAUCGACAUCAUUGGGCCGUUGCAUCCAUCAUCAUCCCGAGGAAACAAGUUCAUCCUCACACUUAUGGAUUACGCAACACGUUUCCCUGAGGCGGUUGCUCUACCGAGCAUCGAAACGGAGAGAGUCGCCGAAGCCCUCGUGAACAUCUUCAGCAGAGUAGGAGUCCCGGAAGAAAUCCUCAGUGACCGCGGGACCAAUUUCACGUCCGGGCUAAUGAAGGAAGUGGCAAGGCUCCUAUCACUACGACAGUUGACGACGACCCCCUAUCACCCCAUGGCCAAUGGGUUGGUCGAGAAAUUCAACGGAACGUUGAAAACCAUGCUCCGACGUAUGUGCGCCGAGCGACCCCGCGACUGGGAUCGCUACCUCGCACCGCUACUGUUCGCAUACCGAGAAGUGCCGCAGGAGAGCUUGGGAUUUUCUCCUUUUGAACUCCUCUACGGGCGUAAUGUGCGGGGACCCUUGACAAUUCUAAGGGAGCUAUGGGACAAGGAGGAAAUCGAACCCGAAUUGAAGAGCACCUACCAAUACGUUUUCGAUCUCCGUAAUAGACUUGAGGAGACUUGCAAGAUUGCACAUGAGGAACUCGAAAGAUCGUCAGAGCGAUACGCCCGAUAUUUUAACGCUCGAUCCCAGGAUCGUCGACUGAAACCCGGGGAUAAAGUAUUGUUGCUGUUGCCCAACGAGUCAAACAAGCUGACAAUGCAAUGGAAGGGGCCAUUCGCUAUCGCUGAAACUCGAGGAGCCGUCGACUACCUCGUCGACCUCGGCCACACAAAAAAGGUGUUCCACAUAAAUAUGUUAAAGAAGUAUCAGGAACGGACGGCAUCUGCCGAAAGCCAAACUACACAGGUAGCUAUGACUGUCGUCGAACUGGACGAAGCAGACGCUGACGUGGAAAUUCCCGAAUUCAAUUACGACGUUAAGGAAACCCACGAAGACAUCCUAAUUGCACCUUCCCUAACCACCCGCCAAGAGGGUGCUUUGCGUGACAUCAUAACAAAGCACCGGAACGUGUUCUCCGACGUGCCAGGGAAGACCACGGAGGUCCAGUGUGACCUGCAGCUCAGCACCGACCGUCCCAUCAACACGAAACAGUAUCCCCUGCCGUAUACAGUCCGUCAGACGGUCGAAAGGGAAGUCAAGGAGAUGCUACGUUUAGGUGUCAUCGAGAAGUCCAAGUCCCCUUACAAUUCACCGGCACUCCUUGUAAAGAAACCCGAUGGCUCGAAUAGGCUGUGUAUAGACUUUAGACAGCUCAACAAACAUCUGGUUGCUGACGCCGAGCCAAUUCCAAGGGCUGACUGUCUGCUGGCCGAGGUAGGCCGCCAUAAAUACUUCUCAAAAAUGGACAUGACGAAGGGAUACUGGCAGGUCCCGCUGACUCCGGAGUCCAAGGAAGUCACAGCAUUUUCGACUGCUCAUGGCCAUUAUCAAUUCAGGACCAUGCCAUUCGGUAUCAAGACGGCACCCGCAGUGUUCGCCAAACUGAUGCGCCACAUCUUAAGGGACAUUCCCAACGUGCACCACUAUUAUGACGACUUGCUGAUCGCGACGUCGACUUGGGAGGACCACCUCAGCGCGCUAAAGACUGUUCUGGAACGAAUCCAGAACUCUGGGCUAACCAUCCGGCCAACCAAAUGCGAGAUCGGAUUCCAGAAACUUCCUUUUCUUGGGCACACGAUCCGGGAGGCACCAAGACCGAAGACAAAGAAGCAAAUGCGGUCAUUCCUGGGUCUCGCGGGCUACUACCGCGACUUCGUGCCCAAUUAUGCAACCUUAGCCUCCCCAUUGACGGACCUCACCAAGAAGAGAGCCAACAACAUUAUCGAGUGGACAGAAGCGCACCAAAUCGCUUUCGAUGCGCUUAAACACGCUUUGUCUGAGCCACCCAUCUUGAGAGCCCCUGACUUCAAUAAGCCUUUUGUCCUCAGGACGGAUGCUUCUGAUGUUGGUCUGGGUGCUGUACUCCUACAAAAAGGGGAAAGCGAUUUGCACCCUGUUGCUUACGCUAGCCGUAAACUAUGCCCUCGUGAGCAGGCUUACUCCGCGAUUGAAAAGGAGUGUCUUGCCAUUGUGUGGGCCAUAAAGCGGUUCCACCUUUUCCUAUAUGGAACCCACUUUACGCUCCAGACAGACCACCAGCCGCUCAGAUACCUGAAUGAGUCGAAAUUUCUCAACAUGAGGAUACUCCGUUGGGCUUUGCUCCUCCAGGAGUACGAUUUCAAAGUGGAGUACAUUCGCGGUCAAGACAAUGUGGGCGCAGAUUACCUCAGUCGUAUGUAUACCGAGGUAUGA